UUGAUUCUUUCUGAUUCUUUCCGUGCAAGCGACCGGCCAGUCCGCCAUACCGUGUUCCGCAAUGGCGGUCAGCACACGGCGAAAGUGGGAUUGCCACGAGAUCACUUUUUGAUCAUUAUAAAAGAAUAAAAUUAAAUAAAUUAUCAUCCGAAUGGAUAGUCAAAUUAGUGAUACAAAUUCUGGCAGUGUAUCAAUGAUUCAUGGUGUUGAACAUGGUCCAUUUUUACCAUCAGGUUCAACGUUAAAUAAUAUAUUUAAUGAUACAUGUGAUAUACAAGAUGAUACUGUCAUUGAAGUAUCAACACCAGCCGGUGUUUGUGGUCUUCGUAAUCUUGGUAAUACAUGUUUUAUGGCUGCUGGAUUACAAUGUUUGACAGCAUCACCAACAGUACUUGGUCAUUUUUUGGAUUUAGAAGAUAAAAAUAAUGAUGAUGAUAAAUUAUUAACACCAUCUGGUACAUUAAUGUCACAUUUUAGUAAAUUAUUAACUAAAAUGUGGUCCGGUAAAUAUAGUGUUGUUAGACCAAUUGAAUUUAAACAAACACUUGGUGCAUAUCAUUCACAAUUUAAAGAUUAUAGACAGCAUGAUUGUCAAGAAUUUCUUGCAUUAUUACUUGAUACACUUCAUGAACAAAUGAAUGCUGCUAAAACAUUAAAUUUAAAUCAUUUAUCAGUAAUAUCAACUACAGCAAUAACGGCUACAACUACAACUACUACAACUACAACUGCCAAUUCAACAAAUAAUUUAGAUAAUAAUUCAACAAAAAUUGUCGAUAAUGAUUUAUUAACUGCCACAAUUAAUGAUGAUGAUAAUUUGUUUAACAAUUCACCAUUAUCAGAUUGUCCAAAUAGUCCAAAUGUAACAAUGGCUGGAUCACCAAGGGGUCUUGAUUCAUCAAUUGAUGAUCUUGAUAGUGUUGCUAAUUCAUUAUCUGGUUCACCAAUUAAUGAUGAUGAUUUAAUUGAUAAUAAAACAGAUUUUAUUUAUAAUAAUAAAAUUGAAAAUAAUAAUACAAAUCAAUUAAAUGGUACUAAUGAAAAAAAUAAUUGCAAUGAUUUAAAUGAUAUUAUCAAAAAUGCUAAAACAAGUAAUACAAAUUUACUUGGUAAAAAUAAAAAUUUUAAUGAUACACCAACAAUUAAAAGUGAAAAAUACACAAAUAAAAAAAUUAAUAAUACAACAAAUUUAAUUGAAAAUCAUGAUUUUAAUUCAAAAUUAUUAAUAACAAAACGUAUUAAUGAUGUUGUUAAUAAUGAUAAGACUGAUUGUUUAACAAAUGAUGAAUGUUUUGUUAAACGUAUGAAAUAUGAUGAUAAUGAUAAUAAUAGUUUAAAUACAAUAUUAAAUUAUAAUAAUAAUGGUGCAGUUGCAACUGAUGAUGAAGUUGAUGCUGAUAAAUUUUGGAUAAAACAUUUAAAAUCAAAUCAAAGUAUUAUUGUUGAUACAUUUCAAGGACAAUUUAAAAGCACUGUUGUUUGCGCUGAAUGUAAGCAUGUUUCUGUAACAUACGAGCCAUUUAUGUAUUUGUCAGUACCAUUACCACAUGCUAUGGAACGUCAAUUAACUGUAACAUAUGUACCAGCAUCAAAUGAACCAGCAACAAGAUGUGUUUUAUCAUUAAACAAACAAUCACGUGUUGUUAAAAUGAAAGAAGAACUUAUUAAAUUACUUGGUAUUGAGGAUCUAUCAACAAACAAUAUUGCAUUUGCUGAAGUUUUAGAAGAUCAUAUCGCUAGAAUAUUGGAUGACAAUAUGCUAUUGAGACAUGUUGAUGAUACAAAUAGAACAAUAUAUGCAUUUGAAUUAACUGAACCACCAGCUGAAUCAACUACAACAACACCUGAUGCAACUAGUAAUGAUCGUUUAACAGAUACUGAUUUAACACAAAAUAAUACAAAUGAUUAUGUUGAAAUUGGACCAUGUAUUAUAUGCCUUGAAGAAUUGGAUGGUGACUUAAGUAGACAUGAUGAAAAUAAUUGUAAAUUUGUUGUUUGUGAUAAUUGUGUUGAGGGAUAUUUUACAGUACCACGAGAUUGUCCAUGUUGUCCACGUAAAGUUGAUAGUACGUCAUUUACAAAAAUUGAUCAAACUGGAAGACCAAGACCAGCAAUUAGAAUAUUAAAUGUACCACUUGUAUUGCGUCAUGAUACGACUGAUGAAGCACCAAAUAAUUGUAAAGGAACUAAAUUAUUUGGUAAUCCACAUCUUGUUAAAUUACCAUCACGUAUUGAUGCCAAAGAUUUACAUGAUGUUAUUAAAAAAAUUGUACCACAAGAUAAUGAAUAUACCAUUCAUUUUGUUGAUGGACAAGGACAUCAUUGUUCUCGAUGCAUGUGGAAUUCACGUUGUACUGGAUGUAAAGUGCCUGAUACUGGUUUAAUAAAUAUAUCAUCAAAUGAUACACUUGCUGUUAGAUAUACAGAUAAUGUACCAAAACAAAUACCACCAAUUGAUCAUAUUAGUAUCAAAAAACAACGUCCACCACAUCCACUUUCACUUUAUGAUUGUCUUCAGGCAUUUAGUCAAAGUGAAACUCUUGAUGAACAUAAUCCAUGGUAUUGUCCAAAAUGUGAAAAAAAUCAAUGUGCAACUAAAACACUAACUGUUCAUCGUUAUCCACAAUACCUCAUAGUCUAUCUAAAAAGAUUUGUAUUUCAUGAAUGUGUCAGUAUGAAACUUGACAACAAAGUGACGUUUCCAUUAGCUGGACUUAAUGUGGGACGUCAUCUUUAUGAUCUCUAUGCUUGUGUAUGUCAUUUUGGAGGUGUUGCAGCUGGACAUUAUACAGCAUAUGCUAAAAAUCCACGUACAGAUAUUUGGCAUUAUUACAAUGAUGAAAUAACAAGUAGACAAAAACCACAAGAUGAAGAUUUUAGUAAUGCAUAUAUCCUAUUCUACAGUCGACAAGGGACCAAUAAUUCAAAACCCAACAAUAUUUGAAUAAUUAAAAAUUUAACACAUAUUAUUAUUGGUCCAGGAAAAAUUGUCACUAGUAAAAAUUAUUAACUCUGCUUUUAAUAAUUUUCAACUUAUACCGUAAACCGUACUGUUGAUUAUCUCAACAACAAAAACUACAAAAAAAUACUCCGUUAUUAAACAUAAUGACAGAUCAAAAACAAAUUAGUUUAUAAAUUAAUUACAUUUUUAUUUUUUAAGAUUAAAAAUGAAACUAGACAAUUGUUCCUUUAUAUUUUUUUCUUCUUCAAUUAAAUUUUGAAGAGAUUAACAGAAAAUAAACAAUUAUUAAAAUUUUUUUUUAUAUAUUAUAUAAAAAAAUAUCAUUGCAAAAAAAUUAAAUUAAAAUGUUAAAUUAUUUAUUGUGUUUUGUUCUUUCUUUUUUUUUUUCUUUUCUUAUAAGGGGAAAGGGGUGUACAGUGUAUGAAAAAAAAACAAAAAAAAAAAAUUAAAAUUGAUU